CGAUAUCCGAUCCAACCCACCUCCACUCCUCGAACCCGAGAGCCGGGAUUCAAAGAUACGGCACACUAGAUACUCGGGACCCGGCCAUCGGCUGGUUAUCAGUUUCUUUAACAUGGACUGCAAGGGUUCUCGAAUGGAACGUCAAGGUUGAGGGUAACGCCGAUACUGUAUCUCCCCUCCGCCCCCUCAUUCCCCUUGAGCCGCCCUAGGCAGUGCGGAGAGCCUGGCUGACUGACUGACUGGGGUGAUCAGUUACGUACAACCGGCCUUCUCUCGGUAUGGAGCUUCACCAGGAGGAACGGACUAGGGCCGGGCCUGGAUAAUGUCAGGUCUCGUUGGGAAUACACUCCUGGAUGCUUGGAUGGUGGUCUAUAUAAGAGCCAUCUUCCCUCGCUCUUGAUGGCAAGGCUACAAUGAGUUGUGUCGUUGACUCCUCAUCCAUCCUUCCCCCUCCUCCUUUUCAAAUCUCUUGAUCACCUCAGCCCUACAAGAGAUCCUCAUCCGUCCGUCUCUCUCCUUGCUUUCAUACAAGAUGAAGUGGUCUGCUGCCGCGGGUGCGGCACUGCUCGCCCUACCGGCCAACUCUGCAGUCACCGCAUCUCUUCCUCUCAAGCUCGAGACUCGGUCGUCACUCAACUCCCGUCUUUCCAACAUCCAUGUUGAGCGUUCAGCAUCAGUGGAGGGUGCCAUCAGCUACACCUACGGUUCAUGCCAAGCCAAGCGUGAAGAAGAAGCUCAUCACUCCAUCAGCCAGCCCACCGACGCUCACCACGACCGUCUUGUCUGGGUAAUUCCCGAAAAUGUGCAGUCCGGUGGCUGUAUCUCAGCCUGGAGCCGCGCCAACGGCCGUCUUGUCGGUCGCAGCAGGCCUCAGUCCUUUGACUUCAAGUCUAUCAAGAUGCGCCGUGACCUCAAGGCCCGCGCUACAAAGCCAUCAGACUCCGUCGCCAUUCAUAUGACUACGGACAACGGCAUCAACCCAUGGGGACCCUGGUUCGACGGUGUCAAGCUACUUGAGGACAAGGAGAUUUCCACCGUUGAUGUUGAGAAGGCCAAGAGCAAGAACAUCGCCAUUGUUGGCGCCGGCAUGUCCGGUCUCAUGACCUACCUCUGCUUGACACAGGCUGGCAUGACCAAUGUCAGUAUCAUCGAGGGUGGCAACCGGCUCGGUGGCCGUGUGCACACCGAGUACCUUUCCGGCGGGCCCUUCGACUACAGCUACCAGGAGAUGGGGCCCAUGCGUUUCCCCAACACCAUCACGCUCGGCAAUGAGACGUACAACGUCAGCGACCACCAGCUCGUCUUCCAGCUGGCCGAGGAGAUGAACAGCCUCAACGGCCACUCCAAGAACCUGAGCGUUGACUUCAUCCCCUGGUACCAGUCCAACUCUAACGGCCUCUACUACUACGACGGCAUCAAGAACCCCGAGACCGGUCUACCGCCCACCCUCGCCGAGCUCGCCGCCAACUCGUCGCUGGCGCUCACCCGCGUCUCCAACAACUCCACCAAGUCACUGAGUCAAAAAGUUGACGCAUUCCUCCCCGACACCGACAAGUUCUUCGCCGAGAUGGCGCAGAACAUGUUCAAAGCGCACGCCGACUGGUUGAGUGGCGGCCUAGCCGGUUUGCCCGGCGACCAAUGGAGCGAGUUCGGCUUCAUGGUGAACUACCUGCGCGGGUCGCUCAACGACACAGCCUUUCUAAGCGCCAGCGCUCACUCGUACUGGGACACGCUGUACGAAGGGAUGUACUUUUCCGCGUCGACGUGGAAGACCAUCGACGGCGGUCUCAACCGGUUGCCUCUCUCCUUCCACCCGCUCGUCGACAAUGCCACCACCUUGAACCGCCGCGUGGAGCGCGUCGCAUUUGAUGCCGAAACCCAAAAAGUCACGCUCCACAGCCGCAACAGCUACAAAGACUCGUUCGAGUCUUCCGAGCAUGACUACGCCGUCAUUGCCGCCCCCUUUUCCAUCGUCAAGAAAUGGCGUUUCUCGCCCGCCUUGGACCUGACAGCGCCCACCUUGGCCAACGCCAUCCAAAACCUCGAGUACACAUCCGCCUGCAAGGUCGCGCUCGAGUUCCGCACCCGUUUCUGGGAACACUUGCCUCAACCCAUCUACGGGUCGUGCUCCACCACUUCCGACAUUCCCGGCAUCGGAUCCAUCUGCUACCCCUCUUACAACAUCAACGGCACCGAUGGCCCCGCCUCCAUCCUCGCCUCGUACAUCUCGGGAGCAGACUGGGGUGACCGCUGGGUGUCGACUCCGGAAGAAGAACACGUGCAGUACGUGCUCAACGCCAUGGCGGAGAUCCACGGCGAAGAGCUGGUCAAGGAGCAGUACACGGGCCAAUUCAACAGGCGCUGCUGGGCGCUGGACCCCCUGGAGAGCGCGUCGUGGGCGAGUCCGACGGUGGGACAGCAUGAACUGUAUCUACCAGAGUACUUCCAGACGAGAAACAAUUUGGUGUUUGUGGGCGAGCAUACGAGUUAUACGCAUGCGUGGAUUGCAUCGGCGUUGGAGAGCGGGAUUAGAGGCAGUGUGCAGCUGUUGUUGGAGUUGGGGUUGGUGGAUGAGGCAAAGGCGACGGUGGAUAAGUGGAUGGCUAGGUGGAUUGAUGUUUGAUUUCCAUUUGAUGGGAUAAAAGAAAAAAAGAAAAAAAGGGGGUUCUGGAAGAUGGAUUAGAUACCGACCUCUUUGGGCAAACCUUGGGCCAGGAGAAAGACUUGAUGACUCUAGAUAAUGAGAUAUAAUGUUUAUGAGUUCAGUAAUGAGACUGUCCC